AUGCCGAUACUUGAGGAAAUAGAUGACAACUAUGAUGUUGAUAACAUGCAUAUGGAGGCCGCUGAGUUUGAUGCCAAUUUAAAAACUCCAAUAGCUGCUAAGAUAACACCUACAUUAGUUAGAUCACAGGAUACCGAAGAUCCUCCUUUAUUCCCAGCUGUACCAGAAUCAUUUUCUAAUAAUCGCAAUAUUAACUUUGGUAAUCAAAAUACUGGUAAGACUGAAGAUAUUGGGGAGCUACUGAAAGAUGAUAUGGAGGAAUUGAAAGACUUCCAAUUGUUAUAUCCAUGUUAUUUUGAUAAACGCAGGACACAUGCCCAAGGUAGGAAGGUUCCUAUGGAGCUGGCAGUAGAGAAUCCACUUGCAAUUUCGAUUGCGAAAGCAUGUAGUGGUAUGGGUCUUCUUUGUGUGUUUGAAGCUGAAAAGACUCACCCACAAGACUUUGGGAAUCCUGGUAGAGUAAGAGUUGCAUUGAAGGAAGACGGUGUACCAAACAUAAAAGAGUACAGCAAUAAGAGGUGGUUGAUGAAAAAGGUUGCAGAAUACCUGCAGGAGCAUCCUACAACGCUUUUAUCGCCGAAGGAAGUUCCAUAUGGUCAGGAAUUUGCAGGGGUAGAACCAAAAAGAAUUCCAUUUGUCAAAGGCUUCAAGAUGAAUGAUAUUGUACCACUAAAUAGCCCGUUCAACAUUGGUCAUCCUAUGACAAAGAGCAUUUACGACGCGCCAAAGGCUGUCACUGCAGACAAGCAAACUAAGGUUCCGAAGACCAAGUAUAAGGUCGUCAGACGCUAA